AUGGAACGUGUACACCUAGACUACGCUAGCCCAGUCGACGGUCAAUAUCUACUUAUCUUCGUGGUCGCAUUCUCUAAAUUCAUCGACGUCGCUAUCACCUUCACUAUAUCAGCUAAUCGUACUGCCGACCUUUGUCGAGAAUUUUUUUGCAAAUACGGUCCACCGGACGUGCUUGUCUCAGACGGAACGCAGUUCACCUCUGAAACGUUCGCCACCCUGUGCAGGGAAAUGCAGAUCUCUCAUCUACUCUCCCCGGUCAACCACCCACAGUCUAAUGGCCAGGCCGAAAGAAUGAAGCAGCAGCUGUACGACUUUCUCUACAGCUAUCGCCCUUGCUCGAAUGCCUCCGAGGGCAAAGCUCCAGCCGACCUCUUUUUUGGACGCCGUAUGAACUCUCCGUUUACCAAGUGGCUCUCGAAACAUAACACCCCGAAUCCGGCUUCAGCGGAACUCUCAACCAAACAACAAGACAUGUCAAAACAAUUUUCGAAGCAUCACGGUGCUCGAUCACGCCACUUAACGGUGGGAGAUCGAGUAGUGGUACUAACCCGUAAGGACAAAAGGGAACAAGGUAUCAUCAAGGCCACAUCAAAUACCAACUAUUCAAUACGCCUCGAUGACGGCAAGGUCAUCGACCGACACAUUAAUCACAUCUGGAAAGGUGGCUCCCCCGCUCUUAUGCCACCUACGCAUCAAGAUAACGGCUGGACAUUCUAUCAGCCUCAUUCGCCACAGACUUCUCCGCAAGACGUUCCUCCCGCCCCGAGACGAAUCACCGACCAGAAGCCUCUUCCACAGCUCCAACCUUAG